GAUCCUCAACUCGAGUGUGGAGGCCAUCAUGGAGGCCAUAGGCCCCAAAGUGUUCGACAAGUUAUCCAUUUGGGAGAUCAUUCUGCAUAAGGCCACGCAGAGCCAAGAUUUCAAUGCCAUGGAUCUGGUGAUUCAGGACGUGGAGAACAUCCUCAUGGAAUUGAAGCUCCUCAUGAGCCAUUGCUUUGACCACGUGGAGCUCACCCGGCGCAAAACGCGAGCGAUCCUAAAUCAACCCAAAGUGGGCGUGAACAUCUCCAAGUUUCUGGCCAAUGCCAUCGAAGUGGAAAGCGGCUUUUGGCACCAAAAAGACCCGGACCACGUCACCUAUCGAAACGCGCUUGAGGUGGGACUGCUCAUUCCCUUGGUCUUGUCCGAUCCCUGGCAGCCAGUGGCACACGCCCGGACCAAUGAUAAAACCCCCGCCAAAAAGCGGACUCGUCGUCCCAGCUCAGUCGAUGAUGAUCCGGAAUAUGUGGCCCGCCGGCGAGUUCCGGGCCAGUCGACCAAACCCGCCAAGUGUGCCAAAUGUGGUAAGGAUUACGGCCCGGGAGAGAGCCACAAGACGCACAUGCCCCAGUGUCCAGCCGCAUUGAAGUACAAGAAAGUGGGCGCCUUCAUGUACUGUCGCUACGACCAUUGUCCCAAUCCAGAGAAGGCCUACAAACUACGUGAGGACAUCCUGCGGCACUUCGACGAGCAACAUUUUACCGAUGAAGCCCGUACCAUCCCCUGUACCUACGAUGGAUGCCCACAAAUGUUCGCCACGGUCACAUUGCGCAAUAUCCACAUCCGCCAGAGUCACGAGAAGUUGUUUGCUUGCCAUCAAUGUCCAAAACGUUUCUGGUCCGAGAAGAACCUAAACGAUCACAUCAAGAACAGCCACACGUUGAAGGAGAAUGGCGAGGCACCGGCCAAAGCCGUCGAGUUGUGCCGCAAAUGCGGCAAGAUGAUGGCCCGCACCUCGCUUAGCAAGCACGAAAGUCGGUGCACGGGUUACGCUUGUCCCAACCCUCAAUGGAAAGAAGUUGAUGGGGAGUUUUUCUGCACGGUGCACGACUGCCAUAUCAAACACGGCUUUACCAGUAUGUACGGUCUGCGGGUGCAUUUCUUCAAUUCGCAUUUGGACGAUGCCGAGAAGCAGUUUGAGUGUGAUCAUUGCGGGAAAAGAUAUGCCGACCGCAUCAUGUUCCGCAAACAUGUCAAGGCGGUCCACAUCAAACCUUAUUUAUGCAGCUUGUGCCCGGGUCGAUUCGGCAACAAGAGCCAAUUGGACGAGCACAAGAAGAUCCAUACGGGUGACAAACCGCACGCUUGUGAUCAGUGCGACUUCAAAUGUGCAAAGAAGUCCAACUUGAUCGACCACAAACAGAAAAAGCACAACGACUUAGCCGGACGGAACUUUCAUUGCGGCAUUUGCGGCAAGGUGUUCUUCACCUCUGGUCGGCUCACCAGUCAUUUCCGCAUCAUUCAUCAUGACGGGCUGAUGGUCGAAGGCACGCCCAAGAAAAAGAGCGUCAAACGCCGCCAGUGCUUGUCCAAGCGUGUAGUAUUAGUGAAUGGCCCCGAGAAGAACUUGAGCGGACAAGCCGAGCAGGAUAUGGCCGUUGAUUUCCUGAUGAGUCAAGACCAGGCUGAUGAAUUCCUGUAGAUGCUCGUUUUCUUGAACGUCCUAACGACCAAUGUAGUGGGGUUUGGGUGUUCCCUUUCUAAUUGCGCUCUUAGUUAAAAAACCAAUCUGAUUCGAA